AUGCAGAACCCGAACAUUGCACUAGCCAACGAGAACCAGAACGACUACAUGCGUCUGGAUUCGGACGAUGACACCGAAGAUGCAUCUGUAUUCAGUGACGAUGAUGACCGGGGGCCAUCUGAAGCUGCUUUUGAGAGUAAUGGUAUUGCUCCAGACUUACAUUUUGACCCGGAACUCCUCAAUGCAAUUGGUGGGGUGACCGAGAUUUCACGGGGCAAUGUAGACAAGACUUUACUGAGUGAUAUAAAGUUCAACGGCUGGACUGACCCGAGCAACGUGACUCCCUGUCCUUACAUGGACGAGCCUUAUGAGGCUCGGCCUGAUAGCUGGAUGUCAGAAGACUACCCUGGAAUCUACGAUGGUGACUACGGAUCUACUCCUGGCGCGCUCAACGCUGCUGAAACACCGGCUUGUGCAUUUUUCCGACUUGCACCUCCGGGCAUGUGUGAGACUAUUGCUGGCCCAAGUGAUGACUAUUUUGAGGCGAACCUCGACAAGAGAGUGGCUGUACAGCAUGCAAAGCAGCAAGCUCGAAGUCGGAAACACAGAGACUUCCAAGUUCAACCACCCGAGCAAAUAAAAGAUGCACACAAACGCACACCUGAGCUAUCUGGUCGAGAGAUGUGUGUAUUCAUCGGCUUGCUUACUGCAAGCACUAUAGCACCCAAGAAGGAGAAGUUCGAGCACCACUGA